GCCACCCGCUCCACAGGCGCCAGCGGACCUUGGAGCAGCGCGGUGCGCCUGUCGCGUCCCGCGGGUCCUGGCCAGCCGUGCCAGCGGAGGGUCCGGAGCGGCUUCCUCGUGUCCUGCCCGGCCGUGCCAGGUAAAAGGACACAGAAAAGAAGAUGGACUGGGGAACUCUGCAGGGUGUUUUGGGAGGUGUAAAUAAGCACUCCACCAGUAUCGGGAAGAUAUGGCUCACAGUCCUCUUCAUCUUCCGUAUCAUGAUCCUGGUUGUGGCUGCAGAGAGAGUCUGGGGAGAUGAACAACAAGAUUUUGUCUGUAACACGCUUCAGCCUGGCUGCAGAAAUGUUUGCUAUGAUCACUUUUUCCCCAUCUCUCACAUCAGACUCUGGGCCCUGCAGCUGAUCUUUGUCUCCACACCUGCACUGCUGGUGGCCAUGCAUGUGGCUUACACCAGGCACGAGAAGAAAAGGCGGUUCAGAAACGGUGAGAAAAUUGAUAUUGAAGAGCUAAAAAAUAAAAAGAUUCACAUUCGGGGCCCCUUGUGGUGGACGUACACCAGCAGCAUCUUCUUCAGGAUCAUCUUUGAAGCCGUCUUCAUGUACGUGUUCUAUUACAUGUACGAUGGCUACCAGAUGCCCCGCCUGGUGAAGUGCGAUGCUUGGCCCUGCCCCAACACUGUGGAUUGUUUUGUGUCUCGGCCCACUGAGAAAACCACAUUUACUAUUUUCAUGCUUGCUGUGUCUGGGAUCUGCAUGAUGUUGAAUCUGGCUGAGUUGUGCUACCUAGUGAUAAAAAUUUGCAUGAAAGAAUCUGGGAAAGCAGCAGUUUUGAAAUAAGUCCCCACUUCCUGGAUUUACUGGCUCCCCAUUUCCCUUCAACUUUCUUAGGUGUAAGAAAACAAUAAACAAUAUUUUCAUACUCAAGGAAAAGGAUAAAAAUUGAAUGUUCUUUUGUGUUUUAAAACUGAUAGCCUCCCUGGGAAGCUGAUGCUGAGGCAGGUUUUAAAGAUAAUAAGCUAAUUCAGUAUUCCUGCAUCCACAACUAGAGAGAGCAGCCUUCUGGCACCAGCUUCUCCAUAUAUGCCUACUGCUGGGAUCCUAUUGUUGGGACAGUUAACUCCUCAAACACUGGGAGUGGAAAGGACCAGAGAAGGCUCUAGUGCCCAGAGGAGAUCCACAAAUACACUGUGUUGGCUCAGAGGCAAAACAGUAUCAAAAUUUUUUGGUGAAAAGUGGGGUAAAGGAUUUUUUGGGGCACAUCACAGCUUUUGAGAAGAAAGAAGAUGGGGAGGUGAUUGUGUUUAUACUAGAUGUCCUCUCUAAGUAAUCUGGAGAGGAAGAAAAUGGUGUAGGAGCACAGAUACUCUGGCAGUGCAUGCUAUCAGCUUUGCUGGGCACCAGCAUGUUUUUUUCUUCUCAUCUUGCCUGCACUGAGAAGCAUUUCCUUAAGGGUUGGGAGGGGCCAGUAUCAACUGCCUGUGAGUGCCAUUAGGUCAAUGCUGCCUCCCCAUAGUCACAGAGACUACAGCAGUGGGAGGAAUGAAUUUCAUUUUUCAUUCUCUUGAUCAGAUGAAAAAGGAUUGUCACCUCUGGGAGGGUGGAGGCAGUUCAAAUGUCUUCCUCUCUUCCAAUGCAUUGUGAAGAAUUUUGGUACAGUAGACUUUAUCUGAUGAAGGGAUGUUUUACCACCUGACUGCCUCACUCAGCUGUAUACUCUUAAAAGUUUUUUUCGUUUUCCAAUAAAAAAGCAAGAAAAAACUGCCUUUUUUUGUUCUGUUGGUUAUCCAAAAGAAGUGCUUCAACUUACAUCAUGAUAGGCAGUGCUCUUUUGCUUGCUCCUUUUUUUUCUAUCUAGUCUGCACAGCUUUUCUUCAUAAAACCUUCUCCCUAUCUGAGAUGCCCUUCAAAUGAGUUGAGCAAACCACUCCCAGUCUCUCUGACAUUCCAUAUAGUGAGAUUAAAUCACCAUUUCUUUUCUUAAAGUUGGCCUAGCAGGAAUUACAGACAGCUUGGAGAGCUAAAAUAGCAAAGGGACCCUAUCAGAUAUGAGGAGGAACUUGAUUUUUUUUUUUUUUUUGAACUUCAUGCUGCUGUGCUGUAAAUUAUAUAUUACUACUUUGAAGUACUAUAUGAGUCAGUCUGGUCUUGUCUCAAAGUAGUCUCUAAAGGUGUUUUAUGCCUGUAAUGGGCAGCAUAUGGCAUUUAGGGCAACAUAGUUUAUCUUCCCAAGAGCCUGUCCAUUGAACCCACUUCUAGAAAGCUGGCUGUUUUUCCUCCUUAGCUUUAAUAAUUGGCUUUUCCCCAAAAUGAAUGAGCAGUAGCUCAGCUUCUCUAUUUGCAUUCAUCUUUUACUUACAUUUAAAUGUAUCACUGUUGGAGUAAACAAAGCUGCAUUAAUUAAGACCCAUGAGCCUUCACUGUGCACUGAAAGUGGAGCAUAAAUAGGUUUACCUUGCUUGUGAGCUACAUCCAGUGUUACAGCUUGACUGCAGAUAGAAAUCUGUCAUCUAAGAGGAAAGCAAGAAAACCAUAAAAACACCAUCCUCAGAACCAUGAAAAAAAAAGAUAGAAGCAUUCAUAAUGAGCUGGACUGGAAACUUGGACUGUGAAAACAUCCUUAAUUCAACUCCAAAGAACACAGUUUGGCACAUACCAGGUUUGUGGUUGAUAGAUCCUGCAUUAUUCCAUGUACAAGUACAAAGAGAGCAAACGAGUCCCAGUGCUCUAGUAUUACAUUUCUUUUGUAACAAGAUUUUUUUUUUCCCUGAAAUUAUAAUUAAAGCACUUUCGUGGUGUCUGUUUUCUGUAUUA